UUUUGUGAUGUGAUGGAAAAUGGCGGCUGUUCGGAGUCCGCUUUAACUUUAUACUAUGCCCGCACUACCAGCAACAACAACCACGUAUUCCCUCUCCUCGCAAGAUAUUAGAAAUAUCUGAACGUGGGUAUUUUAUUAAUUUCAGGUCAUGUUGAGUUCGCUCAAGCAGAGCGCUUUCGAACGAGCUAACAUUAGCCGGACACGGUUUGCAAUGGGGAAGACGAGGAACAAAGCUCGAGUGUUCAGAUAGUAUGGAUGCUACAGUUAUGAUACUAAUCAUAAUAAUAAUAACUUCCGUUAAGUGGUCACGUGCGACUGGGCUUCAGUUGGCCUCUUUUUAAAUGAGCUGUACAUUAAGCUCGCCACUUCCCUUUAGUUCACCAAACGUGUUCCAACAGCCAGUGAGUUACAGAACGGUGCGAUCAAUGUGAACCUAGAUGAAGUUGAAAGAUCUGCGAAGCCAGCGAAGUGCGUGUGCUUCUCUCAGUCAUCGUCAGUGAAACAAGUCGGCCUCUUCUCUGUCGAAGUUUAAGCUCCGCGCGUUCACCGGGAACGGAUCGGGAACACGCGCCUUCCUGUCGCUUGUUUACUAUCUAGUGCAGCCAUGUGGCGGCCGGGCACAGCGUCCUGUAGUCGGAUGGGUCUGAUCUAAUACUCCUCGUUUACAACAAAAAACACACCUACGUUUGGUUGGACCCAUCGGAUAAAGCUCGGUUUUGCAGCGAUGAUGGAUGAUUCCAAGCCUCGGCACAGCAAAAGACUGCGGGCUGGUACCCGACGGCGUUACCAUGACGAUGGCAUUUCGGAUGAGGAAAUUGAUGGAAGGCGGAUGUUUGACCUGGAGGAGAAAGUCAGCAGUCAGAGGUUCAGCUCUACCAGAGUCAUUCGCAUGGAGGGAAGAGACUUGACGUAUGAGUUCAUCCAGAGAUGUGGUCUGAGGGAACCAAUCAUCUUUGAGAAGCCUGAUGGACUGGGACUCAAGAUGCCUGAUGCGGACUUCACUGUCAAUGAUGUCAAAAUGUUUGUUGGUAGCAGACGUAUGAUCGACGUGAUGGACGUGAGCACUCAGAAGGGGACAGAGAUGUCCAUGGCCCAGUGGACACGAUACUAUGAGACGCCUCCGUCUCAGAGAGAUAAGCUCUAUAAUGUCAUCAGCCUGGAGUUCAGCCACACCAAGCUGGAGAACCUGGUCAACAGACCUGCCACUGUGGAUUUAAUUGACUGGGUGGACAAGAUGUGGCCUCGUCACCUGAAAGAGAGACAGAGGGACUCGACAAACUCCAUCACUGACAUGCAGUACCCCAAAGUACAAAAAUACUGUCUGAUGAGUGUGGAGGGCUGCUAUACAGACUUUCACAUCGACUUUGGGGGGACCUCAGUGUGGUACCACAUACUGAAAGGAAGCAAGGUGUUCUGGCUGAUCCCCCCCACCCCUCAGAACCUAGAGCUGUAUGAGAACUGGGUGCUGUCUGGGAAACAGGGAGAUGUUUUCCUGGGAGACCGGGUGUCUGACUGCCAGAGGAUUGAACUGAAGCAAGGCUUCACUUUCAUCAUACCCUCAGGUUGGAUCCAUGCUGUAUACACGCCUAUGGAUUCCAUGGUGUUUGGAGGAAAUUUCCUGCACAGCUUCAACGUCCCCAUGCAACUAAACAUCUGUAAUAUAGAGGACCGAACGCGGGUUCCAGUGAAGUUUCGUUACCCCUUCUACUACGAGAUGUGCUGGUACGUGUUGGAGCGUUACGUCUUCAGUGUGACCAGGACCUCCUACCUCACACCAGAGUUUCAGAAACACUCGUUGGGCAUUGGUCUGAAGAAGCCGCCUGGGUUGGAUCCUGCUAGUGAGCAGGUGAAGGAGGAGGCUGAUGGUGACAGUGAUGAAGAUCCUUCAGAGCAGCAGUCUGACAAACCCGCAGCUAAGAUUCACAUUACUCCUUUUGAGCUGGAGGGUCUGUGGAACCUGCUGGGCAAACUGGAGACUCUACCCUCGAACAAGAAGUGUGUCCCAGCAGGGAUACACAAUGCCCCAGCACUCAUUACACACAUCAAGGCACUUCUGAAAGAACACGCCAAUGAUAAUCCCAAACUGGCCUACACAGGAAAACCCAUUGUCAAAUGGCCAAAGCGGCCCUCGUGGUACCAGCCUCCUCCUCCUCCUCCACCAGUGCCUGCACGUCCUAAACUCCCCCCCACACCCAUCAUCCCACGACCACAGAAACCAGCGUCCUCCAUGUCUGUGCUGAGACGGCGCAGGGUCAGGUGUAAGCGAUGCGAGGCCUGCGUGAGACCAGAGUGUGGAGACUGUAACUUCUGCAGAGACAUGAAGAAGUUCGGAGGACCAGGGAAGCUCAAGCAGACCUGUGUGCUACGACAGUGUCUAUCUCCGGGCCUCCCCCUGUCUGCAGUGUGCGAAAUCUGCAAGGAGCCCAACCAAGAGGAAAGUGGAGACCCCUCUCUCACCCUGAUGGAGUGUUCCAACUGUGCACAGAUUGUCCAUCCAGCCUGUCUCACGAUUCAGGGUGAAGGAGUGGUGAACAAGGACCUGCCCAGUUGUUGGGAGUGCCCAAAGUGUGUCCAAGGAAUCACUGACCCAGAGUCAUCAGGCAGUGAUGAAUCGUUGGCUGCCAGCCACCAUCAGCACAUCUGGCCCCACGGCCCCCUGGUCCUAAGGCUGGGCCCCGGGCCCUCUGCUACCAUAGGGGGUCCUGUGGGCUCCCAGCAGGAUGGGGAGGUGGUUCGCUGCGGCUUCUUCCCUCCUCUUCCUUCCUGCUCUUCCUCCUCCUCAGCAUCACUUCUAUUGGUGGCGGCCCCUCUGCCUUCUCAGCCAAUCAGCUCGAGACUGCAGUCUAAAGGUGACAAAGGCGAAGUCCCUCCAAUGAAGCGCAAAGCUUCCACCCUCCUGGAUGCUCGUAUGGCCAAGAUUUACCGACGGCAGAGACACGGCCACGAUGACGAUGACUCUGCCAGCGAUGAUGAUGAUGAUGAUGAAGUCUCACACAGAAGAAAGAUGGGGCUCCAUGCUCGAGGGGGGGGCCACUCUUCCAGGAGGGGGUUUGUCCCCAACAGGAGAGGACUGAUGAGAGGAGGCUCUGCCCAGAGAGGGAGCAGAGGAGGACUCGUGACCUCUGGCUCCUCCGUCCUCAAAGCAAAGCGAGGGAUGAGCAUGAAGGAGAGUGGACGGAGGGGACGAGGGGUGAGGCUGCGAGGAGGCUCCCGGAUGCAGCGGAGAGGCGACGAGUCGGAGGAGUCCGAUGAAGACGACGACGACGAUGACGAUGAUGAUGAUGACGACGAUGACGACGACGAUGAUGAUGACGACGAUGACGAAGAGGAGGAGGAAGAGGACAGUGAAGAUGGAGACAGAGAACGCCAUCAUCAUAGUCGACGUCGGAGGAGGCGCAGGACUGCCGACGAGGAAAACGAGGACAGUGAGGGGCAGGAGUUUGACCCUGAAGACGAGGAGAUGGACAUGCUGGAGGAUGAAGAGGAAGAGGAGGAGGAGGGGGAAGAGGAUGGACACUGGGAUUCGGACCCAGAACCCCCGGUCCUCCUGGUGUCUGAUCUUAACGAUGACCUGCUGAGUGGCUCCUACCUGACCGUCACCCUGCAGCGUCCCCACAAGGCCAAGAGACAAUCUGGCUCCAUAGUGCCAAAGCUUGAGGCAGCCAUGGGUCUGAGGACUGCUGCAAUGGGCGCUGGUGGUCAACUUGGCUUCAUCCAGAGGAAGAGCGCACUGUCCAAACCUUCACGGCUCAGGAGCAUGGACGCCAGCGCUGACGGAGGAACGCCAAGAGGACCGGGCAGGCCACGUAUGCGGGGUCACCAUGGCGACAGAGGGACCAGAGAUUGCUCGGCAUCGUCUUCGGAGGAACAGGAAGCUGCAACGGCGUCAUCCUCCCUGUCUCCCCCGUCCCUCCUGUCUGUGCUGUCCUUCAAGGACGAGGGGAACGAGCGAGGGGGGGAGAAGGAGGUGUGGGUGUCCGUGUUCAGAUUCCUGAGCAGAGCCGAGCUGCUGGCCUGCAUGACCGUCUGCAAGGCCUGGUACAAGUGGAGCUGUGACAAGCGUCUGUGGAGCCACGUGGACGUGAGUCGCUGCAGCCCGCUCAGUAAUCAGGCUCUGGCAGGUAUCGUCAAACGCCAGCCCACCUCCCUGGACCUGUCCUGGACCCCUCUGGCCAAGAGACAACUCAACUGUCUGCUCACCAGGCUCCCAGGUCUGAGGGAGUUGAGGGUCACUGGUCUGUCCUGGUCCUGUCUCUCAGCGCUGGUCUCUCCCACUCUGCCUCACCUGCGGCUGCUGGACCUGCGCUGGUGUGAAGGCCUCAGAGACGCGCAGAUGAAAGAGAUCAUCUCCCCGCCCGGGUUGGAAUCGUCCCGCAGCAGACUGAGGAACGUGGCGACAUUGCGUCUCUCCGGACUGGACGUCAGCGAGUCUUCCCUGAGGCUGCUGCAGCGCCAUAUGCCUCAGCUGGAGAGGCUGGACCUGGCUCACUGCAAAGACAUCAGCGACUCGUCCAUCGCUCUGCUGGCAGCGGCUGGGACGCACACCCGCAACAACCUCACGGAGCUCACUCUGGCAGGCUGCAGCGAGCUGACGGACGGCUGUCUGUCCUACCUGAAGCGUCUCUCCUCUCUGACCCUGCUCGACCUCCGAGGCUGCAAGGGCGUCAGCCGACGAGCCUGCGACGUCUUCAUCUCGGACCUGUCUCACGUCGCCCUCUACUGUAUGAUGGAGGAGAAGCUCAUCCAGCGGCUGGACUGACGCACACGCGCUGGCUCGUGGUCCACAGAAGGAGAGGACAAAAAAUACUGCUUCUUCAAAUGUAUUUUUUAAAUAUGACAUGGAACCUAACCAGUCCUUCAGCACCCAAACUAAAUGAGUCCUGAAAUCAGUGUCUUCUAUGUUUGGAGUUGUAGGAGAGUGUCAUUUCUUUAGUUUUUGGAGGCUAGUCUAUUCUCUUUGCCUCUCUUCUUUGUACUUUUCCAAAAUGUCUGCAUAUUACUUUAGAAAGUCUUGAAUCACUGAUUGAAAAAAAAUGUGGUGACCCCUCAGAGGUCCGUAUGUCCUCGGAUACCCUAUCAUCGCUAGAAUGUACUGUACACAGGAGGGACAACUGCCUGUUUGUUAUUUUUAAAUAUUUUUUUGUUUUUUUACUAAAAAAAAAAAAAAAAAAAAAACUAUUUUUGUUUACUUAAUUCAACCAAAACAGCAGAGAGGGUAUUCGAUGUGUGCAUACAGUGAAGUCCAUGUAUAUAUUGUAUCUGUGUUUGUCAUAUUGUAAAUCCAUCAGGCGUUUCACAUUUUUUCUAACUGUGAAAACUGAAUAAAAUGUCCAUCCAUCAA